GGGAGAAUUAAACCUGAAAGUCAUUGUGAGUGCAACAGCAGGAGGCCGUGGUGGGGAGGGGGACACAACCAGCUCCUUGCUGACUUCAGCAACCUGUGUGGGGCCUGGCAUCCCCAGGGAGGUCAGCACGGGCUCUCCUGCCUGCCUGCUCUAGAGCAGUAUGCCUGGCAGGGGUGGCAGGAAGGUGCUUCCCAGUUCAGCACCUGGGUGGGGCUGGGGCUAACCUCGUGGUUGGGGUAUCUGGUGGGUCAUGUCCCUGCUAGAGCUGGGUUGUGCAGCCCUGUUUCCUGCUUUUAGCUGUGCUCAGCCUUUUGAGAGCAUCUGUUUUGAGCUGAACUGCCCAGCUCAUGGGAAGGUAGGGUCCCCCUUGGUCUCAAGUUGACGGGGGACCUCAGCAAAGUGCUCUGCAGUGCCUCUGACACAGGCGUAGUAGCAGCUGGUGACACUGGGGUGAUGUCUUGUGUGCCUGGCUGAAGCCUGGGAGCAGUUCCUGCAGAGGAACCGAGGACCCGGUACAUCAGCACAGAGCUGGGGAUGCGGCAGCGACUCUUUGUGGGUGUGCUGACCUCCAAGAGCACGCUGAACACACUGGGGGUGGCUGUCAACCGCACGCUGGCCCACCACCUGGAGCGCCUGGUGUACUUCACAGGCACGCGGGGCCGCAAGGUGCCCCAUGGCAUGACGGUGGUGACGCACAGUGAUGAGCGGCCCAUCUGGAACAUGUACCAGACCGUCAGGUACCUUCUGGACCACUACGUGAAUGAUUUCGACUGGUUCUUCCUGGUGCAGGAUGAUACCUACACAGAGGCGCACCGCAUCAGCCGCCUGGUUGCCCACCUCAGCAUUGACACCCACCUCUACCUGGGUCGUCCUGAGGAGUUCAUCGGUGGGGACACUGAGGGACGUUACUGCUAUGGAGGGUUUGGCUACUUGCUGUCCCGCAGCCUCCUCCUGCUCCUGCAGCAGCACCUGGAGAGCUGCCGCAAUGACAUCCUCAGUGCCCGGCCCGAUGAGUGGCUGGGCCGCUGCAUCAUUGACUACACAGGUGUCAACUGUGCUGAGGAACAUGAGGGUCUGCAUUACCACUAUUUUGAGCUGGGGAAGAACGCAGACCCUGAACGGGAGACCGACCUCCGUUUCCAGAGCGCCUUCACUGUCCACCCUGUGCUGGAUCCCCUCCAGAUGUACCGGCUGCACAAGUACUUCGCACAGGUGGAGCUUGAGAGAACCUAUCAGGAGAUCCAGCAGCUCCAGAUGGAGAUCCAGAAUGCCAGCAGCCUGUCUGCUGAUGGGGAUCAUGUCGCCACAUGGCCCAUUGGCAUCCCACCCCCAUUCCAGCCCAAAACCCGCUUUGAGGUGCUACGCUGGGACUACUUCACAGAGGAGCAGGUCUAUGCCUGUGUGGAUGGCUCCCCCAAGUGUGAGCUGCAUGGUGUGGAUCUGGCGGACGUGGCCGAUGUGGUGGCCACGGCCAUGGAGGAGCUGAACCGCAAGUACCAGCCAGUGCUCCAUGUCCGCAAGCAGCAGCUGGUGAACGGAUACCGGCGCUUCGACCCCACACGUGGCAUGGAGUACACGCUGGACCUUCAGGUGGAGGUGGUCACCCAGAAGGGGCACAGCCACUCCGUCACUAAGCGAGUGCACCUGGUACGGCCCCUCAGCGAGGUGGAGAUCAUCCCCAUGCCCUACGUGACGGAGGCCAGUCGCAUCAAUGUCAUCCUGCCACUGACGGCCCACGACCGGGACUACGCUGCCCGCUUUUUGGAGACUUACGCGGCAGCCGCUUUUGAGAGCAGUGAGAAUGCAGUGCUCACCUUCCUCUUCAUCUAUGACCCCUUUGAGGCCCAGCAGGUCACCCAGAAUGACAUCUUCGCCUCUGUGAAGUCCCAGAUCACCGAGUAUGAGCGCAAGUAUGUGGACAUAAAGAUCCCCUGGAUCAGUGUUAAGACAGAUGCACCCUCCCAAAUCAAGGUCAUGGACAUUAUCUCCAAGAAGCAUCCCGUGGACACACUUUUCUUUGUGGCUGGCGUGGGGACAGAGGUCACCAUUGACUUCCUGAACCGCUGCCGGAUGAACACCAUAAACAACUGGCAGGUUUUCUUCCCCAUCCACUUCCAGGGCUACAACCCAGCCAUUGCUUACCACAACCAGGUGCCACCCACCACGCUGGACCUGCUGCGGGACAUGGGGCGCUUUGACCGUGAUGUCUUCCAUGAAGCCUGCUUCUACAACGCUGACUACAUGGCAGCACGCACCCGCAUGGCGGGGGACGUGCAGGAGAAUGAGGACAUCCUGGAGACCCUGGACAUCUACGACAUGUUCAUCAAGUACUCCAACCUCCAUGUCUUCCGGGCAGUGGAGCCUGCCCUGCUGCAGCGCUACCGGCACCAGGCCUGCAACCCUCGGCUCAGUGAGGACAUCUACCACCGCUGUGUACAGAGCAGCCUGGAGGGCAUAGGCUCUCGCUCCCAGCUGGCCAUGGUCCUUUUUGAGCAGGAGCAGGGGAACAGCACCUGAACCCUGGAUCCUGGAGGGCCUGGCCCUCCCAUGCCAUGCCUGCCCGCCCACUCCACUUCUUCUGCUGCCCAAAUCUGUCUUCCUUCUCCAGAGGCUGCAGGGGGAUUGCUGGUGUCCAAGCCUGUGACUUGCCCCACUGGGACUGCCCAGGCCGGGGUCUGCCAGCCCAGGGUGCCUGGGUCUUUCUCAAGUGGCCACGGCUGUGCAGACCCCACAGCAAGAUGGGAUCAGAGUCACUGAGCUGCAGGCUGGAAUGCCUGGCUCCUCAUCCAGAGCUGCUGGCUGCUGGUCCCAUCCCUCUGUCCUGGCCCUGCUGCUGAGCACUGGGGAGAUGGGCUGCCCUCUCUUGCUGUUCCCCCUCAACUGGGGGAAUGUAGAGCCCAAAGUCCCCCUGCUGCAGGGCCGUGACUGCCACAGGGCCUGGAGUGAUCCCUCAUAGUUCCCCCACUGUCCUGGGACAGGACUGUGCCCCUCGCUCCUUUGGAGCAUUGGCCUGGUUUACAGGGAGGGACAUGUCCCUGUACCUGCCACAAGCUUGGACAGUGGAAUGGGAUACAUCCCAUCCCAAAAGAGCAAUAAGGAUGUUGGUUUUGGGGUUUUGCCACUUGGCAAUGAGCUGGAGUGCUCCUGGCUGGUUGGGGUGUGAGGAACUUGGCCCCUGGGGCUGGUGGGUGUAGGGAGUGCCAGAGGGAAUCCUGCUGAUUUCACGUACCGUGAGCUGCUCCCCAUGGGAACCAUGACCCAGGCCAUUUCGGCCUUCGCAGUAUUGAUAGAAUGUCGGAGGUCACAGCCCUCAGACGAGAGCCUCCUGACAGAGGUGGGAUCCCUCCCCGCUGUGGGGCUGCCCUCAGGGUCGAGGGACAUUGUGCCCGACACUGAUGGGCAUGGCAGAGGGUUUGGCUGUGCAUCUCCUAAGGAGAAAGCGACUGAGGAGCCGCUCUCUGCUCCUGCUUUGUAUUUAAUGGGGGGGGGAAGGAGGGGGAUGGGGUGCAUUUACACUAAUAAAAUGGAGAGAUGUAGCGGUGGGUCCGGCUGAUUCUUUCAUGAGGCACCUGUGGGUGUUCUGCUGGGGGUCUGUGUGGUGGUAGGUGCUGGCUGCUUGUAUAAAUUCUGUCUGCAGCUGGCAGGACAGAUUCCUUACAGAGAUGCUUCUUUCCCCAAGCACCUGCAACAUCCUUUACCUGAGUCAGCUGCUCGAGUGAGCUGAACUCUGCCCUCCAGGAUCUGGGAUCAGCUCUGAAGGAAACUCCCAGGCCAGACACUGGACCUGAGCCCUGUGUUGGAUCGCUAGUGCUGGAUCUGCCCUCUCUGCAUUGCUUUCACCCUUUUUUGGGCUGUUUUAUAUCUCAGGGCUUCUCAGCACUUGUGUUUUCCAGUUCUGAGUUGGGCAGAGCACUGUAGUCCUGUCCUGGACUGUUUUCAUCACCUACAGCUCCUAUUUGCAUUAUGAGGUGUGGGGACUGUUCCCUGCCCAUGCUGCCUGCUCCAGGCAUGAUUUUCAUGACUCCAUGUGCUCUUCCCACCAGCCCUUUACCCAUCGUGUUUUACUGCUUCAUGAAGUACAUGUAUCAAAGAGACACCCCCAAGAAAAUUAACUGAACCUACUUGCUAUUACUUACCAAGGCUGCUAGUGCUCAGCAAAGCUCAUGGAGAGCCCCUGGGCUGUGUGGUAUGCCUUUUCCAAAGAUACCUCAUUCAUCUCUUCCUGCUCUAGUCUCUGUAGCCAUGGUGUUGGAGUGUAUAUGUUUAAAUAUAAUUUUAUUUCAGAGAGUAACUGUUAGCUUGUACUGAGUAUUUCUAUUUUUGAUCUUCCCUGAGCACAUCCUUAAUUCCCUUUAAGUGGAAAACUGGGACAGAGGGAGGGAGGCAGAUGCAGGUGUGUUACAGAUACAUUUAUCCUCUGAAAAGCAGACCAAGUCCUAAGAUGUGAUUAAGCAUUACAAGAGUAUCCAAAUGGUAAUAAAGUGGCUUUAAAUCAA